AUGUUGCUUUGUGAUGAGGCGGUGAAGGAGGAGGCGCGGCGAGCUGGACGGCAGAUCUCUAAGGAGGAGGCGUUGGAAAGGCAUACUAGUUUUAUUGAGACGUUUAGGACUGCGACGGCUGCGGCGGGGAGUGAUAGUGGCGAUGAUCGGCUCGUCGUUGUUAUGCGGCAGUUACUUCAUCGGAGCAUUGACUCACCGCACUUCGUUGUGAUCCAGUCCACGCCGAGAAGCCCGAGGCGAAAGGCCAAUGACGGCAACUCGAAGGCUGCAGCGCUUUCUCGGUCCAAGAGUUGUUUUCCGACACUAGUGCAGUGA